AUGAGGGCGAAUGCUUCUGCCUACGCCAAUGCGGAACCGCUCCAUUCCGGAUUCGAUGAGAAGACGCCACUCCUGGACGAGUCGAAUGAGAAGCCAUUUCCCGAGGCGCAAACGUCCCGAACAUGGCUAAUCCCGAAACGCAUAUCAGAGGCCGUCAUAGGGACAGUAAAGGCGUUGUUAGCCACGGUCAUUGCCCCUGGAAAGUUCGUGAUCGCAUGCUUCCAUGAUGAGGAGGGCCAUUUCUCUGUAUUGUCCCCUGUAUACAAGAUAUCACGAACAAUUACGCGGAAAGAACGAAAAUCCAGAAAGGAUCAUAAGCUUGCGAAAGCGUAUGCCGAAACGAACGAGAAAGAAAGACCACAUCGCAGACGAUCUAGUGUAGCACAAUCCAAAACAAGAAGACCACGUCGGUCGCCUUCGAUCGCUUCGACGUCCACAGCGGUGACCUCGGACUCGGAAAUCGAUAGCGAGCGUCCACUGACGAUUGACGAGGAGACAGAUUCUCCUUCCCGGCACACCAGGUCCAAAUCGAGCGCGUCUGGCGCUGAUAGGGUUGCUCCAGCCCAGAGGACCAUGCACAUUAGGCUCACCCAACCUGAGGAGGUGGAGGUGCGGCAGCGUAGGAAAAAGAAUGCCUCGCGGAGCAAUGUAUCGAAGAAUGGCUCGAGCCAGGUCUCGGCUGAGGCGGCUGCGGCAUUGAAAUCCCCCACCAGCCCAGCAACGGUAUCUGCGAAACAAUUGACAAAGUUCCCACGAGCUCCUCAGCCCCCGCGUCCCCUUGUCCCGCGGCGCCAGCCGUCUUAUUCUACGGCAGGGGCUUCAGCCGUCGGCCCGUACCAGAAAACGUUGAUCAUUGAUCUCGAUGAAACCUUAAUCCACAGUAUGUCUAAGGGGGGGCGCUACACGACGGGCCAUAUGGUUGAAGUCAAAUUAUCACAGCCUGUUGGUGCCGACGGUCAAGUGGUUGGGCCUCAGAUUCCUAUUUUAUACUAUGUACAUUUCCGGCCACAUUGGGACGAGUUUUUGAAGAAGGUGUGCAAGUGGUACAAUCUUGUUAUUUUCACGGCUGCGGUCCAAGAGUACGCCGACCCGGUAAUCGAUUUGCUUGAGAAGGAACGAAAGUACUUUUCGGGUAGAUACUACAGGCAGCACUGCACGUUCCGAAACGGGUCGUAUAUCAAGGACCUCAGCCAGGUUGAACCGGACCUGAGCAAGGUAAUGAUCAUAGAUAACAGUCCCAUCAGCUAUGCUUUCAACGAAGAUAAUGCCAUUCCCAUUGAGGGCUGGAUCAACGACCCGACAGACAAUCACCUUUUGCAUCUGGUACCCUUGCUGGAAGGCUUGCAGUACGCCACGGAUGUCCGCGCUCUGCUUGCAUUGCGGUCGGGAGAGCCACAGCACAUAUCGUGA